AUGAAAUUUAUUUAUAAAUUUAAAGAAAUGUGUACUCAUUGUCAUUGGACUCCAAUUGCAAUGCCAGAGAUGUAUGGAGUUAUAUUUGGUGAACAUGCGGGUCUUAUUCACGCUUGCUCUGAUGCAUUGAGACAAUAUUGUGAAAGCCUUUGGUACUCUGGAUUAGAAUACAAGCGUCCGACUCAUGAAGAAAUUUUAGCCAAAUGUGGAAUACUCUUCUAUGGGCAACCGAUACCAGUAAAUAUUCUUUAUGCAUUUUACUAUCAACUGGAAAAUUUAUUCGCCAUGAGUAAAGUAAUUCAUUCCAUUCGUACAGUUAUGGAUUGGUUAGAUGCAACAGAAAAUCAUGCCUCAAGAAUAUUAUCAAUAUAUGAAAUGAAUUCACAAUUAAAUCAUUUUGAAGAAACAUUGGCAGAUCAUUUAAAAGCACUUAAAUUAUGUGAUCGUUUAUUGGAUAAUCUCGGUUCAAUUUAUCAUCGUGUACGUCCUUUAAAAAAAGGACAAACUAUUCUAGCUAGAGCUUUAACAGAUUUCGAAUCAAAACAGAUGAAAUGCAAGCUACAUAUGAAUCACUUUUAUAGGAUCACAUCCAAUCAAAAUCCUCAUGCAUGGCAGAUAAGUAAUCCCGGACAUGCGAUUCCGUCACUAUUCCUCGAUGUUUCUACUGAGUUUGGUGAAAAACUAAUUCUCAAACAACUUCAAAAACGAUUUGAAGAAUUUCUAAUCAUGUGUCAUGGUCGUGCUCGUCGUCAAUUAUUCUCACGUAUUACAAAAUUAUUACAUAAUUCUAAACGUUACUCAACACUUCCUGCAAUGUUUAAACCAAGCGAUUCUCCCGUUUCUUCAAGCGCUCUCUGUGGCUUAUACUUUCCACGUUCACCUGAUCCAGCCAAACGAUGGCGUCCUUCAAACAAUGCUAAAAUAUUUUCUCGUCAACCAGCCUAUUUGGAUUAUGAAAGUCCUCAAGAAGCAUUACUACCUCAUACAAUCCGUAUAUUAUUGACUCGGUUAAGAAACUGGUUACAUCAGUUACCUCCUCCUGGUGUGAUUAUGGACAGUUCAAAGUUGUCAACAUUUAAUUCAAAUAAAUGCCAGCAAAAUAGCUCUAAUUUAAUCCAAGGAAGUAAUGUAGUCAAUGAACUGCGUAAAUGGUGGAAGUUCACUCAUAAAACAGUUGAAAAUCGUGAUCAAUUAGAAAAAAUAGUUGCCGAUGCUACUUUUAUAAAAAAAUUGAAUGAUAUUAUGCAAACAAAAAUUAAUACUGAAGUGGAAAAACACAGAAAGCAAUAUGAAUCAAAUAAAAAUCUGACUAAUUUAAGCACAUUUAAAAGCCAUCCAAAGCUUACAAAGGUCCUUGUGGAUGAACUACUCUCAAGAAUAGGAGCUCAAUUUUAUCACCCACGAUCUGGGCAAUUUAGCUAUAGAAGUACUCAACGAGUAAUGGAUGGUAUUGAUAUAGCAUUACCUUAUACAUUUCCUGGAGUACAAAUAUUUGACAGAUUAAUUAAAGAUGGUGAUUAA